AUGUUGUCCCGAGCUUUCUAUGACGAUCCUCACCAACUCUCUGGAAAGGCUUCCAAAGUACUUUCCGUUCUGUGUGUGGCGACUGUGAUGAUUGGAUGUAUAAUCUUUGUCGGAUUGAUUACAGUUCAGACUUUAUAUCUUUCCAAACGGGUCAGACAAUCAGGAAUUAUAUUUCCGAAUCCACCAUAUUCUAAAAACGACGAUUGUCUUCAUUUUCUUGUGAUUGGCGAUUUCGGGCGAGGAAAUGACAUGCAAAAACAAAUUGCCAAGGUGAUGGGUGAUUAUUGUCAAGAAAACAAUGGUUGUGACUUUGUGAUUGGAACUGGAGAUAAUAUUUAUCCGGAUGGUGUGACUUCUGUGAAUGACGAACAAUUUAAAACCAAAUUUGAAGAUAUUUACACACAUCCAAGCUUAAAUAAUAUUGAUUUUUAUUUGGUGUUAGGUAAUCAUGACUACCGUUCAAAUCCUCAAGCUGAAAUUGAAUAUACAAAAUUAAGUAAGAAGUGGAAAAUAUUGGACUAUUUUUAUGAAUUGAAAAAGAAAUCAAGAUUAGGUGGAUUUGAAUUGAGUUUAGUGUUCACAGAUACCAAUCCAUUUCAUAAAUUGUUUUUUUGGGAUCCUUACAUUAACAGUACUGCAUUGAAUGAGCAAAAAAAGAGAAUUCCAGAUCAAUUGAACUGGUUAAAACAGACUCUGACUUCUCAUGAGCCAAGAGGUGAAUCAACCUGGAGUAUUGUCGUGGGUCACAGCCCUGUCUAUUCAUCAAGUGCUCACUAUGAUUCUCAGCCAUUAAUUGAUAAUUUUGAACCCUUAUUUAAAGAAUAUCAAGUCCCAUUAUAUUUGUGUGGACAUGAUCACUAUUUGGGUUGGCUAGCGAACCGAUUGAUCACCAAUGAAAAAGAAAAAACUCAAUACGUUGUGAGUGGUGCUGCAGGAGGACAAAUUUACGAACGAAUGAAAUAUAAUGCAAACUUGUUGAAUUAUUAUAUUGGACCUGGAGGAUUCUUCUCUGUGGAAGUACAAAAAGAAUUCAUAUUUGUUAGAGCAUUAGAUGAAAAUGGAAAGGAAGUUUUCAAAUUUAGGAUUGAUAAGUGA